CACUGUUUUGUCCCGGGACCAUGUUGCGUCCUAAUAGCCACAGACUGUUGAAGAUUAAUUUAGUGGGUUUGUAGACCUCAAUAAAAUUCUCAGAUUAUACACAUAAAAAGUUUGGUUGAAGAUGGCUAAUCUGUGUUCCCUAAUCUCUCGUUUUCAUUUUGCAAACUUGAGUUUCCAAUUCUGUUUUCUGUGCCCUCUUCUUGUAAAACAAAACAUUUAAGUUUCUUAACUUUUUCCUGGGGCAGGGAAAGGUGCACUCAAAGCCCUAGUAUUCUUGGAAGGAAGAAGCACCCCCCUCCCUGGGCUUCUUUCGGAGCUGAUAGGUCAUUUAUUAUUGGAGCUGAAAUGGUAUAAACAAUUCUCUCUCUUUUUUCCCUUGUUAACAGCAACUUUCAUUGUUAGAGAGAGGAGAGAGAGAGAAGCCUUGUUGGUUGACGUCACUUGGUUCAUGAAGCCUUCGCCUAGAAGUGAAGCUGCUGAACAAACCUUGAGAAGAAUCAUCCCCUGCUUCAAUCUGCUGCUGGAUAGGAACUAAUCAGAGGGAGAGGCGGAAGACGGAGAAGGACGGCGUCCAGGGCUUUCCCGACCACAAAUCUCACCUCCGCUCCAACUCUUUAUACUUUUCUUGCAGAAAUUAUAGUAGAAAUAAGGAGGUUGGUGGGGUUUCCAAAAAAUCUUAACCUUCGGCCAUCUGGGGAAGGCAAAAAAAAAAAAAAAAAAAAAAAAAUCCCAUCCACCGCAACUCUCAGUUCGAAAGUAAAGGUUUUUCAACAGUAAUGUUACAACAUUGACUACUUUGAUCACAAUAUGGAGUCUGGAGAGCGGUUACCAUCCUCUACAGCCUCCUCUACAACCCCAACUGCAUCUUCUACACCUUCUGUGGCUUCUGCAGUUUCAAAAGGCGGCCUUUCCACUGGAGCUGCUUCACUUAGCUCUACAAUCAACACAUGUGGUGCAGAAUGGUGGCGAACUACAGAUGUCCAUACUCGCACAGGGGCAGCCUUCUUUCCACCAUUACUGGGAAUUCCACCACUGUUUGCUCCUCCAGCCCAGAAUCAUGAUUCAUCUUCAUUCCAUUCAAGGACUUCAGGAAAAAGUAAUCGAAAUGGUCCUGAAAAAGGUGUAAAUGGGUCAGUAAAUGGAAACAGUCCAUCAUCUGUAAUUGGUAUCAACACCACUGUCCUCUCUUCUACUGCUUCAAGCUCCCUGGGGCAAGCAAAAAGCACAAGCUCAGGUGGGGGAAAUCGAAAGUGCAAUCAGGAACAAAACAAAAACCAGCCUCUGGAUGCCAGAGCUGACAAAAUCAAAGAUAAGAAACCAAGGAAAAAAACCAUGGAAAGUUCUAGCAACAGUGACAGCGAGUCAGGCACCUCCUCAGACACCUCCAGUGAAGGCAUUAGUAGUAGUGAUUCUGACGAUCUAGAGGAAGAUGAAGAGGAAGAAGAUCAAAGUAUUGAAGAAAGUGAAGAUGAUGAUUCUGAUUCAGAGGGUGAAGCACAGCAUCAAAGUACCAGCCAGGUGCUAUUACAUGGCAUUGCAGACCCAAAAGCAGAUGGACAGAAAGCAGCUGAAAAAGCCCAGGAAAAAAGACUACACCAGCCAUUACCUCUUGUGUCUGAAUCCCAGACUCACCCAUCAUUCCAGUCCCAGCCGAAACAGCCUCAGGUUUUGUCACAGCAGCUUCCAUUUAUUUUCCAAAGCUCUCAGGCAAAGGAGGAAUCUGUGAACAAACACACCAGUGUCAUUCAGUCUACGGGAUUGGUGUCCAAUGUGAAACCCUUAUCUUUGGUAAAUCAAGCCAAAAAGGAAGCUUACAUGAAACUCAUAGUUCCUUCUCCUGAAGUACCUAAAGCAGGGAAUAAAAAUACCUCUGAAGAAUCUAGUUCUUUGACCAGUGAACUACGAUCCAAACGGGAACAAUAUAAACAGACAUUCCCAUCACAGUUAAAGAAACAGGAGUCAUCUAAGAGCCUGAAGAAGGUUAUUGCAGCUCUGUCAAAUCCAAAAGCAACCUCUAGCUCACCAGCACAUCCAAAACAAACAUUAGAGAACAGCCACCCUAAUCCAUUUUUGACAAAUGCACUUUUAGGUCAUCACCAACCAAAUGGAGUGAUUCAGAGUGUCAUUCAAGAAGCUCCGCUAGCACUUACUACCAAAACUAAAAUGCAGACCAAGAUCAAUGAAAACAUUGCUACUUCAAGUAGCACCCCUUUUUCCUCACCUGUAAAUCUGAGUACAAGUGGGAGAAGAACUCCUGGCAAUCAGCCACCUGCACUGCCCUCUACCUCCCCUAUACUGCAUAGUCAAGGGAAGGAAAAAGCAGUUGGCAAUAACGUGAACGUGGUGAAAACACAGCAUCACUCCCAUCAGGCACAGUCUUUAGUGGAGCAAUUUAGAGGAACAGAUUCAGACAUUCCCAGUAGUAAAGAUUCUGAAGACUCAAAUGAGGAUGAAGAGGAAGAUGAUGAGGAAGAAGAUGAGGAAGAUGAUGAAGAUGACGAAUCCGAUGACAGCCAAUCAGAAUCAGAUAGUAAUUCAGAAUCAGAGACAGAAGGAUCAGAAGAAGAGGAUGAUGAUGAUAAAGACCAAGAUGAAUCAGAUAGCGAUACUGAAGGAGAGAAAACUUCAAUGAAACUGAAUAAAACAACUUCUUCCUCUGUUAAAAGCCCUUGCAUCAGUCUCACAGCUCACUCAACACCUCGUAACCUCCACAUAGCAAAAGCCCCAGGCUCUGCUCCUGCUGCCUUAAGUUCUGAAUCCCAGUCACCUGCUUUUCUUGGCACAUCUUCUUCCACACUUACUUCAAGUCCACACUCUGGCACCUCAAAAAGAAGAAGAGUGGCAGAUGAGCGUGAACUGCAUAUUCCCUUGGAAUAUGGCUGGCAGAGAGAGACAAGAAUAAGAAACUUUGGAGGGCGCCUUCAAGGAGAAGUAGCGUAUUAUGCUCCAUGUGGGAAGAAGCUUAGGCAGUACCCUGAAGUAAUAAAGUAUCUCAGCAGAAAUGGAAUAAUGGAUAUCUCAAGGGACAAUUUCAGCUUCAGUGCAAAAAUAAGAGUGGGUGACUUCUAUGAAGCCAGAGAUGGACCACAGGGAAUGCAGUGGUGUCUUUUGAAAGAAGAAGAUGUCAUUCCGCGUAUCAGGGCAAUGGAAAGCCGGAGAGGAAGACCACCCAAUCCAGAAAGGCAGAGAGCAAGAGAAGAAUCCAGGUUGAAACGUCGAAAGGGCCGACCUCCAAAUGUGGGCAAUGCUGAAUUCCUGGAAAACACAGAUGCGAAAUUACUAAGAAAACUGCAAGCUCAAGAAAUAGCCAGGCAAGCAGCGCAGAUCAAGCUUUUGAGGAAACUUCAAAGGCAGGAACAGGCUCGGGUUGCCAAAGAAGCCAAAAAGCAACAAGCAAUAAUGGCUGCUGAGGAGAAGCGAAAGCAGAAGGAACAGAUCAAGAUCAUGAAGCAACAGGAAAAAAUUAAAAGGAUACAGCAAAUAAGGAUGGAAAAAGAACUUCGAGCCCAGCAAAUUCUAGAGGCUAAAAAGAAAAAGAAAGAAGAAGCAGCAAAUGCCAAAUUAUUGGAGGCCGAGAAACGAAUAAAGGAAAAGGAAAUGAGAAGACAACAGGCUGUCCUUCUGAAGCACCAGGAGUUGGAGAGGCAUAGACUAGAUAUGGAACGAGAGCGUAGGCGACAGCAUAUGAUGUUGAUGAAAGCAAUGGAGGCUCGUAAGAAGGCAGAAGAAAAAGAACGAUUGAAGCAAGAAAAACGUGAUGAAAAAAGAUUAAAUAAAGAACGCAAACUGGAGCAAAGAAGAUUAGAAUUAGAAAUUGCAAAGGAACUAAAGAAGCCAAAUGAAGACAUGUGCUUAGCAGACCAAAAGCCUUUGCCUGAAUUGCCUCGUAUUCCGGGACUUGUUCUGUCUGGAAGUACAUUUUCCGACUGUCUCAUGGUGGUACAGUUCUUACGAAACUUUGGUAAAGUUUUGGGCUUUGAUGUAAAUAUUGAUGUUCCCAACCUGAGCGUUCUUCAAGAGGGAUUGCUGAAUAUAGGGGACAGCAUGGGUGAAGUACAAGACCUGCUGGUGAGACUCCUCUCCGCUGCUGUGUGUGAUCCCGGUCUCGUAACAGGAUACAAGGCCAAAACAGCUCUUGGCGAUCACUUGCUAAAUGUCGGUGUGAAUCGGGACAAUGUGUCCGAGAUCCUGCAGAUUUUCAUGGAAGCCCACUGUGGACAAACCGAGCUCACGGAGAGCCUCAAGACAAAAGCCUUCCAGGCUCACACCCCAGCGCAGAAGGCCUCCAUCCUGGCCUUGCUCAUCAAUGAACUGGCCUGCAGCAAGAGUGUGGUGAGUGAAAUUGACAAGAAUAUUGAUUAUAUGUCAAACUUGAGAAGAGAUAAAUGGAUGGUAGAAGGUAAACUUCGCAAACUCAGAAUCAUUCAUGCGAAGAAAACGGGCAAACGAGACACGUCGGGUGGAAUUGACCUUGGGGAGGAGCCGCAUCCCCUGGGCACACCAACUCCAGGGCGCAAGCGAAGAAGGAAGGGAGGGGAUAGUGACGAUGAUGACGACGAUGACGAUGACAGCGAUGACCAAGCUGACGAGGAUGAGGAGGAUGAAGACGAUAAAGAAGACAAAAAAGGAAAGAAGACCGACAUCUGUGAAGAAGAGGAUGAAGGUGACCAAGCAGCAAGUGUUGAAGAACUGGAAAAACAGAUUGAAAAGCUGAGUAAACAACAGAGUCAGUACAGAAGGAAGCUCUUCGAUGCUUCUCAUUCGCUGCGUUCCAUGAUGUUUGGCCAGGACCGCUACAGACGCCGGUACUGGAUUCUUCCCCAGUGUGGGGGGAUUUUUGUAGAAGGCAUGGAGAGUGGUGAAGGACUAGAAGAAAUUGCAAAAGAGAGAGAAAAACUAAAAAGAGCAGAAAGUAUCCAAGUCAAAGAAGAAACAUUUGAGACCUCUGGGGACACUUUAAAUUGUUCAAAUACAGAUCACUGUGAGCAAAAGGAAGAUCUUAAAGAAAAAGAUAACACGAAUCUGUUUCUUCAGAAACCUGGCUCUUUCUCCAAACUAAGCAAGCUUUUGGAAGUAGCCAAGAUGCCUCCUGAGGCAGAGGGAAUCACCUCCAAACCGAAUGCUAGUGCCAACGGGUGUACAUUGUCUUAUCAAAGUAGUGGGAAACACCCGGUGGGCGGGAGCCCAUCAACCACCUCACAAAGCAACGUGGAAAAGACAGACUCUAAUAACCUGUUUAGUACUGGUGCAAGCGGGCCAGGGAAGUUCUACAGCCCUCUCCCCAACGACCAGCUGUUAAAAACACUGACAGAGAAGAACAGACAGUGGUUCAGCCUUUUGCCAAGAACACCUUGUGAUGACACAUCGCUGACCCACGCUGAUCCACCUGCUGCUGCUUCCGCCACUCCUCAGUCUCAGCCACCCUCCAAGUCGCCGUCACCUGCCCCAGCACCUCUUCUUGGAUCAGCUUCUGCUCAGAAUGCUGUCGGUCUAAGUCCAUUUGCUUUAUCACCCCUUCAGGUGAAAAGCGGAGUGUCCAUGAUGGGACUUCAGUUUUGUGGGUGGCCCACAAGUGUACUUGCUUCCAAUAUUCAAUUUACGUCACCCUUACCUAGUCUAGGACCAGGACUGGGUUUAUCGGAAGGAAAUGGUAAUUCAUUCCUGACUUCCAAUGCUGCUUCUAGUAAAAGCGAAUCUCCAGUACCACAGAGUGAAAAGACAUCUUCAGUUCAGCCUGCUGCUGUUGAAGUAGCAAAACCUGUAGAUUUUCCUAGUCCAAAGCCUAUUCCAGAAGAGAUGCAGUUUGGUUGGUGGAGAAUUAUUGACCCAGAGGACCUGAAAACUUUGCUCAAAGUGCUACAUCUUAGAGGAAUCAGAGAAAAGGCAUUACAGAAACAAAUUCAGAAACACCUGGAUUAUAUUACUCAGGCCUGCAUCAAGAAUAAGGAUGUUGCUAUUAUUGAAUUAAAUGAAAAUGAAGAAAACCAGGUAACUCGAGAUACUGUGGAGAACUGGUCGGUGGAAGAACAAGCCAUGGAGAUGGAUCUGAGCAUUCUUCAGCAGGUAGAAGAUCUAGAAAGGAGAGUUGCAUCAGCAAGUUUGCAAGUGAAGGGUUGGAUGUGUCCAGAGCCCGCAUCAGAAAGGGAGGACUUGGUAUAUUUUGAACAUAAGUCAUUUACUAAAUUGUGCAAGGAGCAUGAUGGAGAAUUUACUGGCGAAGAAGAAAGCAGUGCACAUGCACUAGAGCGGAAGAGUGACAACCCCCUAGAUAUAGCUGUAACCAGGCUGGCUGAUUUGGAGCGGAACAUUGAAAGAAGGUAUCUGAAGAGCCCCUUAAGUACCACCAUUCAGAUCAAACUGGAUAAUGUGGGCACAGUUACUGUCCCUGCUCCUGCACCAUCCAUUAGUGGUGAUGGUGACGGAACUGAAGAGGAUAUUGCCCCAGGGCUCAGGGUAUGGAGAAGGGCAGUGUCAGAAGCCCGCAGUGCUGCACAGGUAGCUCUGUGCAUUCAGCAGUUACAGAAAUCAAUAGCAUGGGAAAAAUCAAUUAUGAAAGUUUACUGCCAAAUCUGUCGGAAAGGUGACAACGAAGAGCUGCUUCUGCUUUGUGAUGGCUGUGACAAAGGCUGUCAUACCUACUGCCACAGACCCAAGAUUACAACCAUUCCAGAUGGGGACUGGUUCUGUCCCGCAUGCAUUGCUAAGGCAAGUGGUCAAACUCUAAAAAUCAAAAAACUUCAUGUCAAAGGGAAAAAGACCAAUGAAUCCAAGAAGGGCAAGAAAGUAGCUUUACCGGGGGACACUGAGGAUGAAGACUCUGCCUCCACCAGCAGCUCUCUAAAAAGAGGAAACAAAGACCUCAAAAAGAGGAAAAUAGAGGAAAACACUUCUGUUAAUUUGUCGAAGCAAGACAGCUUUACUUCUGUUAAAAAGCCCAAGAGAGAUGACUCCAAGGACCUAGCUAUUUGCAGCAUGAUCCUGACUGAAAUGGAAACUCAUGAGGAUGCCUGGCCUUUUCUACUUCCUGUAAACUUGAAGCUUGUUCCUGGUUAUAAGAAGGUUAUUAAGAAGCCUAUGGAUUUUUCCACAAUCAGAGAGAAGCUAAGUAGUGGACAGUAUCCAAACCUCGAAACCUUCGCUGUAGAUGUCAGGCUUGUUUUUGACAACUGUGAAACAUUUAAUGAAGAUGAUUCUGACAUAGGCAGAGCCGGCCACAGUAUGAGAAAGUAUUUUGAAAAAAAGUGGACAGAUACUUUCAAAGUGAGCUGAAGUUAAAAUAAUCUUUUUUUUUUCCUUUUAAACAAGGACAAAUGAGACCAGCAAUGUGAACUAUAUUUACAUAAACGUGCAAGGCACAUACAAAAUGACUUUUCUUUUUCUUAAUAUAAGUAUCAGAAAAAUUUUUAAUGGCUUCACUCCUACAAACAGCCAAGGCCCUUGGUUAUUGGUUUGUGUGAUUUAUCAGCUAAUUUAGGUAGAACAGGGAAGCACACCCAAAGAAUUUUCAAAGGAAAGGGUGUUUAUAGUGCAAUAGCAAUUAAAAUAUAUCAAAUCGCACUGAAUAUUCAACACCAGAGCUCUAAUGCGGGAAAUGGUUCUCCUUUCCCUCUCAAUAAAUAUCUAUUUUUCAUUUUUUUUACUUUGUAGUUUAUUUUUUAGUGAAUGUAUUUAAUUUUAUGAAUUAUUUAUGAUUAAACCACAUCCAGAAUCUUCGUUUUCUGUGAAAAGGAAGAACUAGAAAAUUGCUUUAAAUCUUGAAAAUACAACAAGGAAUGUUUUAAAAUAUAAAACAAAGCCAAGUUAAACUGUUUACACUGAUGUGCUCGAAAAAAGCACCAAAAAUAAACUUUACUGUAGAGUUACAAGUACAUUUAUAUAUAUAUGUUGCUGCAUCACUUGUGUAGUUAAAUUGUAUUUCAAAACAGUGAGAAGAAUUGACUUGUAUAUACUGUUCAUUAUUGUUUAUAUUAAGUCUCGUUUUAAAUAUGUAUUAUGUGUAUAUAUUGUUUGCAGACAUUAUCGUUUAUGCCUUAGGAGGACCGUAGCAUUUUAUUUUAGUCUGAAGGUAAUUAUAGCUAUACAGCUUGUACAGUAAUUAUCCUCUACCGACACUGUGGCGUCUCCUUAAUCUUGGUAGUGCCUGCCUUUGAAACAGGGUGUAGGGGAUAUUAGUUUUCCAUUUUUCUAUUUUGUUAUAUAAUUUUAAGCCACCAGGGCCUAAAUUAAAGUAUAAUCAUUUGUAUCCAUGUGGAAUAAAAUUGUGACAAUUUCCUACACACACAGUAUUUUUUCAUAGAAACAUUUCCCUCGCAUUUGCCUUGCCUCAGAAAUAAAUUGAAAAGACAUUUGUAACCACUGUGUUUUAUCUACUGUGUGUUGUGGUGGCCUGUUGGAGGCAAAUAGAUCAGAAUUUUUUUUUUGUAUACCUAUGUAAGAGUACUUGAAGUUUUAUUUAAAAUAAAAUGUUGUGGAAAAGGUA